AUGGAGGACGGAACCCGGCUGGCGACGGACGUGUAUCUGCCCGAAGGUGCGGAACCGCCGUAUCCGACGAUCUAUGUCAGCACCACUUACGGUCGCUCAGGCAUCAAGGGGCCGGCCCAGCGGUUCUGCCGCGAGGGCUAUGCGGUGGUGGCGCAAGACGUGCGAGGGAUGGGGAAGUCGGAAGGGGACGACGCCGUGAUCUUCCACCAUCACGGUUGGGCCAAGAACCAUGACGGGCACGACACCAUUCGCUGGAUUGUAUCGCAGCCGUGGAGUGAUGGGGUCGUUGGCACCUACGGCGGAUCGGCCUUGGGCAUCACGCAAAAUAUGAUGGCACCCGGGGCUCCGGAGAAUUUGAAAGCCCAGCACGUUUUGGUCGCCUUCUCCGACAUGUACGACCAAUGCAUCUACCAGGGCGGUGUACUGAGGAAGCAGAUGAUGGAAGGGUGGCUCGCCGCCAACCGCAUUGUUGAGGGCAAUCUCGAUGUGUUUCGUGCCCAUCCGUCGCGCGACGAAUUCUGGGACGAACUUAGUCCCGAGUCACAUGCCGAACAGGUCAACACGCCCGGCAUGUUCGUGGGGGGCUGGUACGACAUUUUUCUGCAGGGUUCGAUCAACUCAUUCACUUCGAUUCACACCCACGGGGGACCGGGGGCUCGGGGGAAGUGCCGGUUGAUUGUUGGCCCGUGGGCACAUGGAACAUUCAACGAGCUAAAGUAUCCCGCGAACUCGAACCUGGGUGGGCUCGAAGCCGCAGACGACUUGCGGUUCUUCGAUUAUCACCUCCGCGGUGCGGAGAACGGCACAGCCGACGCUCCUGCGGUGCAGUACUACGUGAUGGGAGACCCGACCGACCCAGACGCUCCCGGAAAUGUCUGGCGUUCGGCCGACAAUUGGCCCCCACCGGCCGAUGAAGUCUCGUACUAUUUCCAUACCGACGGAACGAUGUCGACGGCCAAACCAACCUCGGGCGAUGCGUUGAGUUACAAGUACGACCCGGGCAAUCCCGUGCCCACUACCGGCGGACAAAACUUGAUUCUUCCCAAGGGCCCGAUGGAUCAGCGGAAAAUCGAAGGCCGGGACGACGUGCUGUUGUUCACCACCGACGUGCUGGAAGCACCGCUGGAAGUGACCGGCCGUUUGACCGGAGUGCUAUACGUUUCGUCGGAUUGUCCCGAUACCGAUUUCACUGUGAAGCUCACCGACGUCUAUCCCGACGGGCGUUCGAUGCUGGUGACCGACGGCAUCCUGCGGGCAAGGUACCACGACUCGUUCAAAGAACCCUCGUUGUUGGAAGCGGGCAAGGUCUACGAACUGCACGUCGACCUCUGGAGCACUUCGCUGAUCUUCAACAAGGGGCACCGCAUUCGCGUGGCCAUCUCCUCCUCGAACUUCCCCCGCUUCGAAACGAACCCCAACACGGGUAAGCCGAUCGGCGAAGCGGAGCCCCGCUUGGCGACGAACAAGCUGUAUGUAUCGGCUGAACAUCCCUCGCACAUGGAGCUGCCGAUCUUCGCCGGCCCGCAGGAAGUGGCGAGUAAGUAUCGCUUGGCAACCUUCGCCGCCACCGUACCGAUCCCGUAG